CACAAACCAUAGAGAGGUGUGGCUAGAGGGGAACAGACGGGUCCGCCCGCAAACCAUAGAGAGGGGCAGCUAGAAGGGCCGGGGCUGCCAUGGGGCCCGGGAAGCUGCUGCGUGGGGGGCUGUGGCUGCUGCGGGAGCGGCGGGACCGGGUAUCGCAUUGUUUGAUCAGAAAAACAUUUUUUGGGUAUUCCCUGACUAAAGCAGGUUCUGGUCCAGUCCAGCAGACAAAAGUUUCUUGGAGGUUCUGCAGGCCACGAAGUUCUGCAGCAGCUGCUGACACAUCUGGAGAAGACACCUUACUCAAAUGGGGCCUUUUCCUGGUCCCUCUGACAACGUUCUGUCUCGGCACGUGGCAGGUUCAGCGACGAAAGUGGAAACUAGAUUUGAUUGCACAACUGGCAUCAAGAAUUACAUCAGAACCCAUCCCUCUGACUUUAGACCCAAUAGAAUUGAAGGAAUUGGAAUACAGACCAGUAAAGGUCCGAGGACGUUUCGACCACUCCAAGGAACUCUAUAUUUUGCCACGGUCACUUGUGGACCCUGAGCGAGAAGCCAGAGAAGCCGGUCGGCUGACAUCCCACCCGGAAAAUGGAGCAAAUGUCAUUACACCUUUCUACUGCACAGAUUUGGGGGUCACGAUUUUAGUCAACCGAGGAUUUGUGCCCAAAAAGAAACUGAAACCAGAGACCAGGCUGAAGGGACAGAUUGAAGAUGAAGUUGAGCUCACUGGGGUGGUGAGGUUAUCAGAAACCCGGAAACCUUUUGUUCCUGAAAAUAACAUUGAGAAAAACCGCUGGCACUACCGUGACCUGGAGGCUAUGGCAAAGGUGACCGGUGCUGAGCCAGUCUUCAUCGAUGCCGACUUCAGAAGCACCGUCCCUGGGGGGCCCAUUGGAGGCCAGACCAGAGUAAGCCUGAGGAAUGAGCACAUGCAGUACAUCAUCACCUGGUAUGGCUUGUGUGCUGCAACUUCAUUCCUGUGGUACAGAAAAUUCAUACAAAAAAUGCCUCUGUGAGGGGAAGGGCUCACAGCUUCACUUCUCUCCUGACAAGAGCAGACUGGGACAGGUAACACUCAUCAGUCCCAAGUACUUGAAGCACUGAGUUUCUGGGAAGCGUGAAGCGAACUUGUGCCACUACCAACCUGCAAAUGAGACUUUAAGCACCUGAUGCAGACUCCUGAGCUCAUGCCAGUGAUUUGGUUGCAGCUUGGAAGCACUGAACUGCCCUACUUGAAGCAGCAGCUGAGAUUUCUAGUGAAGCCGCUUUAUGCCUAAUCUCAAGGCUACAUUUUUUAUAUUGUUGUUGGUUGUAAAUAACGAAGUUUUAACUUCUCCACUGCUGUAUUUCCCAAAAGAUGGCAAAUUUUGUGAAUCAAGUUUCUUUGUACUGAGUACUCACUCCUGAAGUUGGGAGUGGUUCACAGGAGCUGCAGAGUAAAUAAAGAGGGCUUACAGGUGCUUGCCCUGUGACUGGCAUUGUGCAUCCCAACUGGGACAGAAGUGAACUCAAGGUUACUGCAGCUCCUCAAGCCCAGCUGGCUAUGGCAGCCUGUGCCUUUGCAAAACCAUCAGGGCUGGCAAAAAAAAGGAGCAGCUACUGCAGCUGGAGCCUCAUCAAGCCCAGCAGCCUCCACAAUGCCAAGCCAGCAGUCAGAACAGAAGAAAUGGAAGUGCUAGAUUCUUCUCGCAUGUCAGCCUGGCCUCACAAACCAUUCUGGCCCUGGAAGAGGCAUUACAGACCUCCCAGUGGAAGGUCCCUGUCUGGUUAGCCUGGUAAGGCAUUGUAACACCCCACUUAACCCAGACUGUAACUAAAUACUAAUGAAGAUGAUCCAGAGCAAUCACCAAGAGAUAGCCGCAUAAGCAGGCUAGGCCUAAAGCCAGAGCUAGCCCAGCCCGUUCAGCUGUAUGAUCACACAGCAUGAGACGGGACUGUGCUCAGAGAGGAACUGCAAUGCAAGACUAGUAAAGAGCAGCUGUUCCAGGUAAAGUCAUCACCUAUGAUUGUGCAGCUCCUGUGCAGCACCAUUCAAUCAUUUGAUGUAAGGCAAUGCCAACGUGCUACCACCUGGAGCACUCCCAUUGAGAAGACCACGGAAACUGGAUCUGGGGUUUAUUCUUUUUUUAUGUACACAAAACAUGGUAGCGAUCCACUACAUC